GGUUUUGCUGUAGGACCGCUUUUGAAGGCGUUAGGGUGUUUUUGGAGCUGCUGCAGUUGGAAAAUGAAAAUUUUUAUUGGAAAAUUGGGCCUUUAAUUUGCUUAUAUUACGAUGCGAAUAUCCAGCGUAAGCCCGGCUGUAACGAGUGUUUCUGUACACUCUGCCAGCUAUGAUAAUUGAGGGCACACGCCCGCUCAGCAACAGUCCCAACGAAAACAAACUAAAACAACAACAACACAAGUUGCUGCAUUGUGUCUACAGCUGAAAAAUAAUGUUCGCCCAAACCCAAAAGAGUAGUUUCCUGGAGCAAACAAAGGCGGCGCGGGAGGAGCGGGCGCUGGAGAAGCGUAGGGAGCUGGCGGCGAUCCUCUUGCAGUCCACUUUGAAAGGAUACGCAGCGCGAAGGCAGUACCACAAGAGGAUCAUCCGUGAUUUCGAUGCCAUUUUUCCUAGCGAAGGGCAGGACGAGAAGGAUGUGGAGCUGGAGCUGCUUGCUAUAAAUGUGUAUCCUGUGCUUCGGCGCUAUCUUACUCAAAUCAAAUUGGACAAGAGCGAUCCACAGGCUCGGGAGCGCCUAGAGCGAAUCUGUCGCUAUGUUAUCAAGGCCAUGGAGGCAGAGAACCCGAAGCUGUCCUACGCAGCUCUCUGUCUGCACAAGGAGCGUGGUCUGCCUUGGAUUGCACACAUCAAACUACUGCUAACCAACUGCCUAAAAUUGCUGCCAGAACUAAAGCCAGAGAACCAUGCGGACAGCUUGUCCUUGGCUCUCUUUUUGCACACAUUGGUGGUCUUCACUGCCCCCAAGUCAUGGGCCAUCUUGCGAAACAGCCAAUUCGAGCGCCUGCAGCCAGCCAUGCAGAAAGUUUGUUGCAAUAUUCAAGGGCAUUUGGUGCAACAUGAUUUUUACAAGACCAUGAGGCUCGUUUUACUUCGUGGAACGGCUCGUGAGGAACUAUCUGUAAAACCAGUCACCCUGGUAGCCAUCAUAACACUAUGCCUGCGUCCACUGAUAGACAGUGACUACAGCCGUAACCUUUUGACCAAAUUUUUAACGGAGAUCCUCUCGGUGCCCGCGUUGAUCUACCAUCUCCACCAGAGUGUUCCCCAGUGCCUGGAACAGUUUUCGGCUUUGGGCUUGUUAAGGAAAGCUUUAAGUAUCUCGGAGGAUCUGCAGUGGUUCGAAGAGUUCGGUGCCAGCAUGCCGGGAACCAAAUCCCUGGCAUUUCUUGGAAACAUAGUUAAUCUUUUUAAUAUUGAAGCACAAGAGGAGGCCAAGACCCUGGCUUAUCCCAUGCUGACGAAAACCACCACAUGGUUACUGAGGCUUAUACCCAACACGGUGACCACAAAAGGAGUGUUCACCCAGUGGCACGAGCUGUUGGGUUGGCAUACUCCAGGGUCAGAGCCUGCACAGAAUCAGAACGUUUCUCUGAUCAAGAAACAGUUUCACAUGCUGUGGGACCAUCGCUGUAUUAAGCUCCUGCUGGGCGACCUCCUAAAAGAGAUCAAUAAGAACUACGAACGGAUAGAGUUCCAGUCACCCCAACAGCCAUCCACCUCCAACCUGCUGCGCCGCGCCUUGGAGCGUAGUUCUACGAGGGGAGUAAACCUAAUGGGAGGAGGUGGAGCAGGUGGCAAACAAAGCAAGCAGCAGUGGCGCAGACUGGACAACAAAGAUGUACUGCAGGUGUCUCGCAUUUGUGCUAUGUACUAUGCUGCCCAAAGUACUCUCUCCCAGAUGAAGCUCUAUAUCCUUUCCGGAAUCUGCUACAACGACAACGUACUGUAUGAUAUUUGGCUGCUGAUCACUUCGUUGGGUCCUAACUGUGGCAUGAAAGAGUAUUUGGAGUUGUUCAAAUCCGAAGAAAACUUACAGAAGCCACAGACUGCCAUGUUGAUGCUCUUCUGCGACUGUAUGACACACUACGUUACUAUUUUAGAUGAGUAUGAAAUGUACACGGAGCAGAAGCCUUUCAAGCUUAACGACUACGUUAUGCUAACGUAUUUCCUUAACAAUAUUCUCUACAAACUUAUAAACGACAAUAUUUUAGGAGCCAAGAAUAUUGUUCAGAACCCGGUAUUCUUGUCCUUGCACACCUUGCUACUCUGUUUGUAUCGCCGUGAUUGCCGACGACCGUUUACUCCUCCCAACCACUGGCUCAUACCCGAGGUUAAGCCUUCAACCUUCAUCAAUGACUUGGAAAAAGCAAAGAGAAACGCUCUGCUGCUGCUGGCCAAGAUGCCGCACAUUAUUCCCCACGAGGAUCGGGUGAAACUUUUCAGGAAAUUCGUGCAAAAUGAGAAGGCAGUUAUGGGCCUAACGGAGAGUGCUUGCGCCUCGCCCCGAUCUGCUCUAAUUGUGAUCCAUCGAGAGCGGAUUGUGGAGGACGGCUACCGGCAGUUGGCUGCCCAGCCCACGCAAGCCCUUAAAGGUGUCAUCCGGGUGAGGUUUAUCAAUCAACAAGGACUGCACGAGGCUGGAAUCGAUCAAGACGGUGUAUUUAAGGAAUUCCUGGAGGAGACCAUCAAGAAAGUAUUCGAUCCGUCGCUGAAUUUGUUCAAAACCACCUCGGAUCAAAGGCUAUAUCCGUCGCCCAUUUCCUACGUUCAGGACAAUCAUAAGGAGCUCUUUGAGUUCGUUGGCCGUAUGCUGGGGAAGGCUGUCUAUGAGGGAAUCGUUGUGGAUGUGCCAUUCGCCUCGUUUUUCCUCUCCCAGCUACUGGGGCAGACGCAACAGGCUCCCUACUCCUGCAUGGAUGAGCUGCCUUCGCUGGACAAUGAGCUGUACCGCAGUCUCACUUUUAUCAAACACUAUAAACAGGAUGUGGCCGAUUUGAAUCUGACACUUUCCGUCGAUCAGGAUGUUAUGGGCAGGAUAGUAACGCACGAACUGCAUCCGGGGGGGAAGGCCAGGGUCGUGAAUGACCACAACAAGCUGGUCUACAUCCACUACAUGGCCUUUUUCCACAUGAAUACUCAAAUUCGCGAGCAGACGAUAGCCUUUAAUCGUGGUUUCCGCAGCAUCGUCAAUCCGGAGUGGUUGUCUCUGUUUUCUCCUCCGGAGCUCCAGCGUCUCAUAUCAGGCGACACAGUGCCAUUGGAUCUAAAAGAUUUGCGGAAACACACGCAAUAUUAUGGAGGCUUCCAUGAUUCCCAUCGCGUGGUGGGCUGGCUGUGGGACAUCCUGGCUAAGGAUUUCACAGAAGAGGAGCGCAAACUUUUCUUAAAGUUUGUUACCAGUUGCUCGAAGCCACCGCUUUUGGGUUUCGCCCAUCUGGAGCCGCCUUUUUCCAUUCGCUGUGUAGAGGUGGGCGACGACGAGGACACUGGGGACACCAUCGGCAGCGUGAUUCGAGGCUUUUUCACCAUUCGUAAAAAGGAUCCGCUCAACCGCCUGCCCACGUCCUCCACGUGCUUCAACCUUCUGAAGCUGCCCAACUACCAGAAGAAGUCGACGCUGAGGGACAAACUCCGCUAUGCCGUUAGCAGCAAUACUGGUUUCGAACUAUCCUAAGGAUCGCCAUUAUCCCGCACACUUUGUAUGUUUAUUCCUUUUUUUGAGGCAUUGGUGUAUUUUAAUUUGUGGUCGCUUCUCGUAAUGGAGAACAUCAGAGUAUUUAAAUAAUCUUCAACACAAUUAUUAACAAAUAAAUAUAAACGUAUAGCUGUGAUAAAACUAUAAUAAAUACUAACGAAGAGUACACAACCAAUACUAAGCUGAAUUACGAAAACUAGAACGAACAAUCCAUUUUGGUAAAAAAAGAAAAAAUAUAUUAUGUAUCUAGAUAAUACUGUACAUUGUGUGGCUUGGCAUAUAAUACAUAUUCAGAAUCAUCACAUAGUACUGUGUAAUUUAAAAGUUAUUUAAAAGUAAAACAGCAACAAUAAAUAUAUGUGUCUGAUUCAUGUGCAAAAUGUAA